AAAAAUGAUACCCUUUAGCUUCUGGCAUCACUUGGUCUGCUUGAUCUGAUCUGUGGCGAUGGGUGGAGGUUUGCUUCUGUGUGCAGUCUUAUUGCAGCUGUCAGGAUCCCUGCAAGUGUCUGCAGGAAGCAGCCCUCUGAAAUGUGUCCUCGGCUCUAAGCUGUGCGGAGACGCCUCCGAGUGUGUUUCCUACCAACAUGUGUGUGACGGAGAGCCUGACUGCAAGGACGGCUCUGAUGAAGACGACUGUGCAACAGCAUGCAGCGAAGAUCAGUUCCAGUGUGCUCACGGGAAGAAGUGCAUCGAGAAGCAGCAGCUGUGUGACGGGGUGCCUCAGUGUCUGGACCGGUCCGAUGAGCUGCUCUGCCCAGAGGGGAGCGAGGGCUGCUACCACCGGUGCGACGAGAGCCGCUGCUUACCGAGAACCUUCCUCUGCGACGGGGAGAGGGACUGCGUGGACGGGACCGACGAGGACAACUGCGUUUCCUCACUAGAGGACCCAGAGGAAGACGACUCUGAAUCGGAUGAAGGGACCCUCCCCACCCCGACCCCUGCACCCUCCUCCGGCCCUUCGACCCCCAUAAAGUGUGCUCUGGGCUUCAGACCCUGCGUGGACCUGAAGCAGUGUGUGCUCUAUAAACAUGUGUGUGACGGAGAGGUAGACUGCUCCGACGGCUCUGACGAGGAAGAGUGCUCCUCAGCAUGUGAAGCAGAUCAGUUCCAGUGCGCUCACGGCAAGAAGUGCGUCCCUCUGAGCCAGGUGUGUGACGGCGUGUCUCAGUGUCAGGACCGGUCCGAUGAGAUGAGCUGCACCCGUCAGACGGACGGAUGCAAACACCAGUGUGACGACAACAACAGCUGCCUCCCCAGCAGCUUCCUGUGUGACGGAGAGAGGGACUGCGUGGACGGGACCGACGAGGACAACUGCGUGAAUGAAGGCUGCAGUCCCACAGACUUCACCUGCUCCAGUGGGCAGUGUGUGUCGGCUCAGAUGUUGUGUGACGGACACCCGGACUGCGGGGACCGGUCGGAUGAAGAGAGCUGCGUCUCCCCCCCCGUCUGCAGCACCAAGCACCACUGCCCCAUCAGCAAGGAGUGCCUGGUGGAGGAGUGGAUCUGUGACGGAGACCUGGACUGCAAGGACGGCUCCGACGAGAAGGACUGUCCGGUGUCUCCGGAGAUCUGUGGGGAGUUUCAGUGGUCGUGUAAAUCCAAGACGAAGUGCACCCCUUCCUCCUGGAGGUGUGACGGCAUGAAGGACUGCGACGACGGCAGCGACGAGAGAGAAUGUGAGGUGUGGUGCCCCUCCCACCAGUUCGCCUGUGGCAGUCAGGGCUGUGUGUCCUGGUCUCUGGUGUGUAACAAUGUCACUAACUGCGCCGACGGAUCAGACGAGGGCGGCAGCUGCAGCUCUCUCUGCGAGGACACGCGGCGCUGCUCUCAGAUCUGUUUCAGCACGCCGCAGGGACCGCGUUGCGGCUGCUCGUUGGGCUUCAGGCUCCUUCCGGACGCUCUGAGCUGCUCUGAUGUGGACGAGUGCGAGUCCAGCAGCCCGCCCGUCUGCAGCCAGCUGUGCAUCAACACUGAGGGGUCAUACAGAUGUGACUGUGAGCAGGGGUACAUCAUGGAGGCCGGAGGACACCACUGCAAGAUCACCGGUGAGCCCUUCCUCCUGGCCUCGGUGCACACGGACAUCUUCCUGUACGGUCUGCGCAGCGGAGGUCUGGACAUCUUGUCCUUGUCGGCCCAGAAGGCCAUCCUGUCUCUGGACUACGACUGGAGGCAGCAGAGGGUCCUGUGGGUCAGCCUGGACACAGAGGGCAUCCAGUGGUCCUCCCUGGACCAUAAGACCAGCGGGACCCUCAUCAAAGGGCUGCGUACGGACUCGGUGGCGGUGGACUGGCUCGGCAGGAACCUGUACUGGAUCGAUGGAGUGAGCGGAAAGAUCUCUGCCAUCAAACUGAGCUCAGAACCAGUGAAGUCCUCGGACCACAGCGUGAUCCUCGAUGAAGACCUGGACCUGCCUCGCUCUCUGGCUCUGCUUCCUCAGAAAGGGCUGAUGUUCUGGACGGAGAUCAGUAACGUGCCGAAGAUCGAGCGCUCGGGGAUGGACGGUUCGGAGCGGAGAGUCGUGGUGAACUCCAGUCUGGGCUGGCCGGGCGGCGUGGCUCUGGACCCGAUCUCUGAGAGGGUCUACUGGACCGACGAGAGGCUGAGGGCCAUCGGGUCCGCCACGCUGGACGGAGAGGACAUCCGGAUCCUGCAGAUGAAGGAGACCACCAACCCGUUCUCGCUGGCUAUUUUUAACGACAUGCUGUACUGGUCUGACGCUAAGAAGAGAGUUGUGUUCGCUGCUAAUAAAAACUCUGGGAAAAACCGACAAGUCCUCCUGAAGACAAUCAACCAACCUUUCAGUGUGAAGAUCAUCCACCCGUUGCUUCAGACGGGCUUUGAGAGUCCCUGUGAAAACAUCGUCUGUUCCCACAUGUGUGUUUUGGCCCCCGGGCCCAAAGCCGUGUGCAAAUGUCCCCCUCGUCUCCUAUUGGCUGAGGACGGCCUGACCUGCGCCAGCCUCGUCGACUCUGACUUCCUGUUGAUGCUGUCGCCCUCCACCGUCACUCAGAUCUACCUGCAGUCCCGACACUCCUCAUCAGAUCUGAAGGGCUGGCCUGAACACGUCGCCCUGCAGGUGCCCAGUGUCAACGAGGCGGCCAUUUUGGACUUCACCCUCCGAGACGACACUUUGUUUCUGACGGACGAUGCCACGACUUCCCUCAGCUCCUUCAAACUCAAGGACUUAGACCUGUCCUCAGAGGGCGUGUUCCUGAAGCUUCUGGGUAGCUCCAUCACUGCCAUGGCUGUGGACUGGAUCACAGGCAGUGUGUUCUGGAGCAGCACCACGCAGCCCCGCCUGCAGGUGACCUCCAGCACCGCGGCCCACACCGCGGUCCUCCUGAAGGAAGGUGUUGGGCGGGUGGGGUCCAUCGCCCUCCAUCCUCCCACUGGAAUAGUGUGCUUCACUAACCUGGGUCUGCAGGGCUCCACGGUGGAGUGCUCCAACAUGGACGGGGAUCAGAGGAAAGUCGUGUGGAAAGACGCCGAGCAGCCCACGUCUCUGGUGUUCUCCAGCAGCGGGGGCUCCAUCUACUGGGCCGACACCGGUUUAGGGUCCAUCGGCUCUGCCCUGCUCGAUGGGUCUGGAUACAAAGAGCUGAAGACGGAGGAGGGCCUGAUUGCUGUGACCCUGAGUGCCGACACGCUGCUCUGGAUGACUCUCAGUGACAAGACCAGGCUCUGGUUCAGAGAUGAGCAGCAGAACAUCAAGCUGUGGUUUGAAGUCGGCACGGAAGCGGUCGGCUUAAAGGCGUUCAGCAAGUCCAGUCAGACGGGCUCAAACGGAUGCUCAGAAAACAACGGAGACUGCCAGCAGCUGUGCCUCGCCACCCCAGGGGGUCGGACAUGUGUCUGUGCUCAUGAUCACGUCCUGAUGAACUCCACUCACUGCAGUCCGGCGCAGCGAUGUCCCAACGGCAGCCGCUCCUGUCUGGAUCUGCUCUCCUGCCAGCCGGAGGAGAAGUUCUGUAACGGACGAGUGGACUGUCUCGACCACUCGGACGAGAACUGUGUCGGUCUGAAGCAGCUGUCUGGAGCAGAAGUAUUUUCUUCUUCUCCCGUCAGCUCCCCUCCCCCCCCCUCCCCUCUUCCUACGCUCUCGGAGGACCUGAACUCCACCCUGGAGGAAGACGUCCACGGCGUCCACCUGGACAGCCUGCAGUGCAGCCAGACACUCUGCGGUGGGAACGGACGCUGCGUGGAGACGGGAGGAAAAACAACAUGCGAGUGUUCAAUGAUGUACAGCGGAGAUGCCUGUGAAGACAGCCUGCUGCAGACCAUGCAGGGGUCUCUGAUCUACGGUGCUGUGGGGGUCUGUGCGGGAGUCUUGGUCAUUGCUGUGAUGGCGGUGGUGGUGAAGAGGAAGAGGAGCGGGAACGGCAGGAGAGCUACCCCUGAAGCGGCGAAGGAGACGAGCAUGACGGACCUGGAGAAGAAACCUGAAACACCAAGUGCAGACGCUGACAAACCCGAGGAAGCGGUGUCUUCUGUAGACUGAGGUUGAUUCAUGUAACAUUUUAAAUAAACUGUCUGCAUUUUC